CAGAUAUUAACCAUCAAACCUCCCGAGUUACGAUAUCGUAUACUAUAAUACUGUACAAGACCUCGGCACAACCGAGUCGGAACCCUCACCAGUCUCGCAUUUCGCACAAACCUUAGACAAAUCCCCUCCCCAAACAAUGUCCUGGCUCCAUCUAGCAGUCGGCAGUGGCAUAGCAGCAGCAUUCAAUGGGCUCUUCGCAAAACUCACAACUACAGUCCUAACAACCAGCCUCUCCUCCUCAAUCGCCCGCCUAUUCUCCCUACCGGACGACUCCAAAGCUGUCGAAUUUGUUGUUCGAGGGAUAUUUUUUGGGCUGAAUUUAUUGUUCAACGCAAUCAUGUGGGGACUCUUCACCGCAGCACUAGCAAAAGGACCCACAGCAACGAAAGUUAGUAUAGUCAAUACUUCUGCGAACUUUAUGACAACAGCACUUCUCGGCUGGGCAGUAUUCACUGAAUCCCUUCCGCCAACAUGGUGGUUAGGCGCUGGCCUGCUCGUUGUCGGAAACGUGAUAAUCGGCCGGCGAGAUGAGGAAGACAAGAAGGACGGUGCAUAUCGAGCCGUUGCCACCGACGAGGGAGAACUAAGGGCAAGGGGAGGGAGUGCGGAAAGUGAGUCUGAUGACGGUAACGAUGCGGAGGAGGGAGGGAGGCAGAACUGA